GGCUCCGGCUCUAGCCCCGGCCCUUGGUCACGUUCUCUCCUCCCGGCAUCCGCCUCUCCCAGCCCUUGCUCUUGGACUCGGAGGUUCUCGGCCUUAUGUCGGCCUCACAUCGCUCGUCUGGAUUCAUUUUCUCAGAAAGUCCCUGCUUCAUUCCUCUCCCUGUUCAGCUCUUGGCUCCUGUCUGGAAUUGUAGAAAGAUAAGAUAAAAGAUGUCUCGAAGAUAUGACUCGAGGACCACUAUAUUUUCUCCAGAAGGUCGCUUGUACCAAGUUGAAUAUGCCAUGGAAGCUAUUGGACAUGCAGGCACCUGUUUGGGAAUUUUAGCCAACGAUGGUGUUCUGCUUGCAGCAGAGAGACGCAACAUACACAAGCUUCUUGAUGAAGUCUUUUUUUCUGAAAAAAUUUAUAAACUCAAUGAGGACAUGGCUUGCAGUGUGGCAGGCAUAACUUCAGAUGCAAAUGUUCUGACUAAUGAACUGAGGCUCAUUGCUCAAAGGUAUUUAUUACAGUAUCAGGAACCGAUCCCCUGUGAGCAGUUGGUUACAGCACUGUGUGAUAUCAAACAAGCUUAUACACAGUUUGGAGGAAAACGACCGUUUGGUGUUUCAUUGUUGUACAUUGGCUGGGAUAAGCACUACGGCUUUCAGCUCUAUCAGAGUGAUCCUAGCGGAAAUUAUGGGGGAUGGAAAGCCACAUGCAUUGGAAAUAAUAGCGCUGCAGCUGUGUCGAUGUUAAAACAAGACUACAAAGAAGGAGAAAUGACUUUGAAGUCAGCACUUGCUUUAGCUAUAAAAGUUCUAAAUAAAACCAUGGAUGUUAGUAAACUGUCUGCUGAAAAAGUGGAAAUUGCCACGCUGACAAGAGAGAAUGGGAAGACGGUCAUCAGAGUCCUCAAACAAAAGGAAGUGGAGCAGUUGAUCAAAAAACAUGAGGAAGAAGAAGCUAAAGCUGAACGAGAAAAGAAAGAAAAAGAACAAAAAGAAAAAGAUAAAUAAACAAAAUCAGAUUUUUCUAACUCAUUUGGGAACCAUUUCAGAGUAAAAGUUGUCCUCCUCUUCCACACUGAGAAAGCUUUGACUUUUUUUUAAACUUGUA